AUGGAGUUCGACUCAGUGGCAUGGAAGGGCAAUUUUAUUUACUUUUUUUUAAAGAUAACAUCUGUGUUCACUAAGGACGAGGCAUACCAAACGUCCGAGACUACUACUGACUCUGUCAUUUCAAUAUUUAAGCUGAAUCAUUGGGGUUCCCUGCAGCAUCUUGUUUUGCAGAAUGGAAGUUCUGAAUGGGCUACUAUGUACACGUUACCAACUGGUCAACUAUGCGAUAAUUAUGGUUAUUGUGGCAUUAAUGCAGUUUGUAUAAUUAGAGGAUCAUAUAAGGUAUGCAAAUGUUUUGAGGGCUUCACAUCAAGGUCUCAAGAAGAAUGGAUCGCACUGACGUGGUCCAAGGGAUGCGCGAGGAAGACGCCAUUGGAUUGCAGAAAGGAAGAAGGGUUUGUGGAGGUCGCGGGGGUAAAAUUGCCAGAUUUGUUGGAGUUUUGGUUUAACAAAAAUAUGGGCCCUAAGGAAUGCAAGGAGGCUUGUUUGAAGAACUGUUCUUGCAAAGCUUAUGCUAAUUCCGACGUCAGGAAUGCAGGCAGUGGUUGUUUGAUGUGGUUUGGUGACUUGGUUGAUAUCCGAGAAAAGCAUGUGAAAGGCAGUGAUCAGGAUCUCUAUAUCCGACUAUCUGCUUCAGAAAUAAAAUCAAUUAAUGAGGCAGAUGAGAAAAAAAAACUUCACAUCGUGUUAUGGGCUUCGUUGACCAGUGGAACAUGUAUCUUUGGUGUUGCAGUGUGGUGCAUAACUUGGAAACUAAGGAAAAGGCUAAAAG